CAUUUUAGCAGACCGUAUUUCAGUGAUAAUAAAUAUAGAAUCAGCUGAACUUCAAAGUACCAAAGUACUGACUGGAGACUCAAGAGUAUUGAUGAAGAUGAAGACCUUCCAUGUGCUGUGGAUCGGGAUCUUUCUGUCAGGAUUUAGGGAUUCAGCCACAGAUGGAACUGAAAUACAUGGAUUUUUCGGAAAAGUUGCCACCAUCACAUGUUCCCACAGCUGGACUUCAAGCAAUAUAAAGUAUUUCUGCAGAGAUCCAUGUAAAGACAGUAAAGAUAUUUUAGUGAAAUCUGGCCAGUCACCUACAGGAAGAUACAGACUGAAGGAUUCAGGAAACACCUUCACUGUGGUCAUCUCUGAUCUACAGGAGUCAGACUCUGGGAUUUACUGGUGUGGAGUGGACAGAUUUGGUUAUGACUCAUUUAAAAAAGUCAAACUGACUUUAUCUAAAGAUCCACGCGAAAGCAUCACUACAUCCACAGAACCAUACAAAUACAUACAAACAUCCACAGAUUCACACACAGUUACACCAGCAGCACAUUCAGAGUCAACAUCUGUCACAGCACGCAAAACCACCAGCUAUUCAAGCCCUGAUGACAUCACACUCUCACCCUCAAUAACAGCAUCUGUGAACACUACAGUAUACAUACUAUAUGCUGUCGGUGGUCUGCUCUUAGCAGUAAUCAUGUUUGCAGUUGGACUGGUGACUGUUCAUCAGUACCGGAAAAAAAACAAGACAUCAGAAAGCUUCACGCUGCCCAACCAAAGCAAAGAUAACAAGAAUGAAGGUGUAUAUGAGAAUGCUCUUCCUUGGACAAAAAGCACACAGGUGAAACCUAUCAACAUGACUAUGACCAGACAAGUGCAAAAGAGCCAAGAGGAUGCAGUCUACGGGAAUUCAAAUGAACUUUAUGGAAAUCUCUGACCAUAGUGUUAAGCAAUGAAAUUCAGAGAACCAGUUUAAACCUGAUUGUUAUAAGAUCAAAA